ACUUGAUUUAUUGAUAAACUUUAGUAUUUAUUCAUUUCCAUAUCCACAUCUUUUUCCAAAAAUCUUAGUCAACAUUCCUCAUCAACAAGUUUAAGGUAGAUUCAAGGGUUUGUUAUAGAAUUAUUAAUUUGUUUCUUAUAACCUUAAUAACUGUUAAUUAUCAAUCAAAUUUCAAAAAAAUUUCAACCUCCGCGGAGCAUUAAUUUUAGUUUUUUGUUGACAGAUCUCCACAAAUCAUUCCAAUUUGACAACAUUUAACGAAUUGAGGUCAAUUUUCAUAUAUAUUAUCAUUCCAAAUCAUUAGUCUGAUACCAUCAUAUCAAUCGAAUCAACUGAAUAUGUCAUAUCUUGGUUGGACAGUCCAUGAUUGGAAACAAUUCCAUUAUCAAGCUACUCCCAAUGAAUCAUUUGAUUUAUUAGCUCAAUUAUUAGCAGCUCAAAAACCAGCUCCAGAAGAUACUGCUUGGAUUUCAGUAGCUUCCAUAGAUAACUUGAAACAUCAAUGGAAUUUCCUUCAAUCAAGAGCCAACAAAUUGGAUUUACCAUUAUAUGGGGUUCCAGUCGCCAUAAAAGAUAAUAUCGAUGUGAAAGGUUUUGAAACUACUGCUGGUUGUGCAGCUUAUGCUUAUUUACCAAAUCAAGAUGCAACUACUGUCAAAUAUUUAAGAGAUGCUGGGGCUAUAAUAAUUGGUAAAACCAAUUUAGAUCAAUUUGCAACUGGUUUAGUGGGUACUAGAUCUCCAUAUGGUAUUACUCCAAAUACAUUCAAUCCAAAAUAUGUUAGUGGUGGUUCUUCUGCAGGUUCAGCAUCAGUAGUGGCAAGAGGUAUAGUUCCAAUUUCAUUAGGUACUGAUACUGCUGGUUCAGGUAGAGUUCCUGCUGCUUUAAAUAACAUUAUUGGUUUAAAACCUACCAAAGGUGUAUUUUCAACUAGUGGGGUGGUACCAGCUUGUAAAUCAUUAGAUUGUGUUUCAAUCUUUUCUCUUAAUUUACAAGAUGCUCAAUUAACUUUUGAAGUUAUGGCUCAUGAAGAUGGUUUAAAUGAUGAAUAUUCAAGACCAUUACCUGAAAAUCCAUUAUUGAAAUUCCCUCAAACUCCAACUAUUGGUAUUCCAACUAGUUUAGAAUGGUAUGGUGAAGAAGAAAAUCCAAAAUUAUAUACUAAAGCUGUCGAAAUAUUUGGUAGUGAAAAAGUGGGUGCAAAAUUAGUUCCAGUUAAUAUUGAUUUAUUAGUUGAAUUAGCUAAAUGCUUAUAUGAUGGCCCAUGGGUGGCUGAACGUUAUACUGCCAUGAAAGAAUUUUUUGCUACAAAUCCUCCAGUUGAAACUUUAGAUCCAACUGUAACUGCCAUUAUAAAAGGUGGUGAAAAACAUUCAGCUGCUACUGCUUUUGAUUAUGAAUAUAAAAGACAAGGAAUAAUUCAAAGAAUUAAAAAGGAAUUAAAAGGUAUAGAUGUUCUCAUUGUUCCAACUGCUCCAUUAACUCCAACCAUUGAACAAGUUAAAAAUGAACCAGUUAAAGUCAACUCUCAUCAAGGUACUUAUACUAAUUUUGUCAAUUUAGCUGAUAUGUCAGCUUUAUCUAUUCCGGCUGGGUUCCGUCCUGAUGGAUUACCAUUUGGUAUUACUUUAUUAUCUGAUAAAUUCAAUGAUUAUGCCCUUUUAGAAUUGGCCAGUCGUUAUAUAAAACCAUAUUCCGAAACCAUUCCAAGAUUCUACGGUAAUUUAAAUCAUAAAAUCGUUAGCAACUUAGGUGAUGAAUUAUUACCAAACGUUCCAAAAUUAAAUCCUGAACUGCAAAUCAAAUUAGCUGUGGUUGGUGCUCAUUUAAAGGGUUAUCAAUUACAUUGGCAAUUAGAAAAAGUUAAUGCUACUUUCAUAGAAUCAACCACCACAUCAAAGAAAUAUAAAUUAUAUGCCUUACCUAAAUCUGGACCAGUUGCUAAACCAGGUUUAAGAAGAGUUAGUGAAAAUGGUUCUGACAUAGCUCUUGAAAUAUAUUCAAUUCCAAAAGAAAAAUUUGGUGAUUUCAUUGCUAUGGUUCCAGAACCAUUAGGUAUUGGAUCAGUUGAAUUGAAAUCAGGCGCAUGGGUGAAAUCAUUCAUUUGUGAAGAAUUUGGUUAUAAAGUUCCAGGUACCACUGAUAUCACUUCAUUUGGUGGUUGGAAGAAUUAUCAAGAACAUUUAGUUAGAGAAAAUGCUCAAACUAAAAAACCAUUCAAUUCAGUCUUAGUGGCUAAUAGAGGUGAAAUCGCCGUCAGAAUUAUCAAGACUUUAAAGAAAUUAAGCAUUAAAUCAAUUGCGGUUUAUUCAGAUCCUGAUAAGUAUGCCAAGCAUGUUUUAGAUGCCGAUGUUGCCAUUCCAUUACAUGGUACUUCUGCUGCUGAAACUUAUAUCUCCAUUGAUAAAAUCAUAAAGGCUGCUAAAGAUAGUGGGGCUGAAGCUAUUAUCCCAGGUUAUGGUUUCUUAUCUGAAAAUGCUGACUUUUCAGACAGAUGUGGUAAAGAAGGAAUUGUAUUUGUAGGUCCAUCUGGAGAUGCCAUUAGAAAAUUGGGUUUGAAACAUUCAGCCAGAGAAAUCGCUGAAAAGGCUGGUGUACCUUUAGUUCCAGGUUCUGGUUUAGUUAAGGAUGCUAAAGAAGCUAAAGAAAUUGCAGCUAAAUUAGAAUACCCAAUCAUGGUUAAAUCUACUGCCGGUGGUGGUGGUAUUGGUUUACAAAAAGUUGAUUCUGAAGCCGAUAUUGAAAGAGUAUUUGAAACUGUUCAACAUCAAGGUAAAUCAUAUUUCGGUGAUUCUGGUGUUUUCUUAGAAAGAUUCGUGGAAGAUGCAAGACACGUUGAAAUUCAAAUGUUAGGUGAUGGUUAUGGUAAGGCUAUUGCUUUAGGAGAAAGAGAUUGUUCUUUACAACGUCGUAAUCAAAAGAUUAUUGAAGAAACUCCAGCUCCAAACUUACCAGAAGCAACCAGAGCUAAAAUGAGAAAAGCUGCUGAAUCAUUAGGUAGUUCAAUGAAUUAUAAAUGUGCUGGUACUGUUGAAUUCAUUUAUGAUGAAAGAAGAGAUGAAUUUUACUUCUUAGAAGUCAAUGCCAGAUUACAAGUUGAACAUCCAAUUACUGAAAUGGUGACUGGAUUAGAUUUAGUUGAAUGGAUGUUAUUAAUUGCUGCUGAUGAUCCACCUGAUUUCAGUCAAGAAAUCAAAGUUACUGGUGCUUCGAUGGAAGCUAGAUUAUAUGCUGAAAAUCCAGUUAAGGAUUUCAUGCCAUCUCCAGGUCAAUUAACUGAAAUUAAAUUUCCAGAAUGGGCUAGAAUUGAUGGUUGGGUUGAAAAAGGUACUGUUAUUUCUGCCGAAUAUGAUCCAACUUUAGCCAAGAUUAUCGUUCAUGGUAAGGAUAGAAAUGAUGCUUUAAAGAAAUUACGUCAAGCUUUAAAUGAAACUGUUGUUUUCGGUUGUAUCACUAAUAUUGAUUAUUUAAGAUCAAUUGCUAAUUCGUCGAUGUUUGAAGAAGCUAAAGUUGCCACUAAAGUUUUAGAUACUUAUGAUUAUAGACCAACUGCUUUAGAAAUCAUUCAUCCUGGUGCUUAUACCACAGUUCAAGAUUUCCCAGGUAGAAAAGGUUACUGGCAUAUUGGUGUUCCACCUUCAGGAUGUAUGGAUGAAUAUUCAUUUAGAGUUGCCAAUAGAAUUGUUGGUAAUGAUAAAGCUGCCCCUGGUAUUGAAAUCACUUUGAAUGGUCCAAAGAUUUUAUUCCAUCAUAAUGCUGUUAUUGCAGUUACGGGUGGUAAAGUUGAAGUUGAUAUUAAUGGUACUAUCAUUAAUCAAUGGGAGCCAAUUCAUAUUAGAAGAGGUGAUAAAUUAUCAAUUGGUAAAUUAACUUCUGGUUGUAGAGCAUACUUAGCCAUCAGAGGUGGUAUUGAUGUCACUGAAUACUUGGGAUCAAGAUCUACAUUUGCCUUAGGUAAUUUAGGUGGUUAUAAUGGUAGAGUUUUGAAAUUAGGUGAUGUUUUAUUCUUAGGUCAACCAGAAAUUUCCAGUUGUACUUUACCAGCCCCAAUUUCUGAACCAACUACUAUUUCUAAAGCUUUAAUUCCAGAAUAUGCUAAUAAAGUUUGGAAAGUUGGUGUUACUUGUGGUCCUCAUGGAUCUCCAGAUUUCUUCCAACAAGAAUCAGUCGAAACCUUCUUUAGUGAAACUUGGAAAGUUCAUUAUAAUUCCAAUAGAUUUGGGGUUAGAUUAAUUGGUCCAAAACCAAAAUGGGCUAGACCUGAUGGUGGUGAAGCUGGUUUACAUCCUUCUAAUACUCAUGAUUAUGUUUACUCAUUAGGUGCCAUUAAUUUCACUGGUGAUGAACCUGUUAUUUUAACUUGUGAUGGUCCAUCAUUAGGUGGUUUUGUUUGUGAAGCUGUUGUGGCUGAAGCUGAAAUGUGGAAAAUUGGGCAAGUUAAACCAGGUGAAUUAAUUCAAUUUGUUCCAUUAUCAUAUACUGAUGCUAAGGGAUUAAAGAAACAUCAAGAUAAAAUCAUCGAAGAUUUAUCUGGUGAUUUACCAACUAUUGAAGGUAAACAAAUCAAACCCGAAAGUCCUGUUUUAUAUCAAUUCCAAGUUAGUUCCAAUGCUCCAAAAGUUACUUAUCGUCAAGCUGGUGAUAGAUAUAUUUUAGUUGAAUAUGGAGAUAAUGCUCUUGAUUUGAAUUUGAGUUAUAGAAUUCAUAAAUUAAUUGAAAUGGUGACUGAAUAUAAGACCACUGGUAUAGUUGAAAUGUCUCAAGGGGUUAGAUCUGUUUUAAUUGAAUUUAAUGAUGAAGUGACUCAAUCAGAAGUAUUAGAAACUUUAAUUUCUUAUGAAAGAGAAUCAAUCUUUGUUAACAAAUGGAAGGUUAAAUCCAGAAUUAUUAAAUUACCAAUGGCUUUUGAAGAUAAGAAGACUUUAGGAGCUGUUACAAGAUAUCAAGAAACCAUUAGAAGUGAAGCACCAUGGUUACCUAAUAAUGUUGAUUUCAUUGCCUCUAUUAAUGGUAUGAAGAGAGAAGAAGUUAAAGAUUUAGUUUAUACUGCUAGAUUUUUAGUCUUAGGUUUAGGUGAUGUUUUCUUAGGAGCUCCAUGUGCCGUUCCAUUAGAUCCAAGACAAAGAUUAUUAGGUACGAAAUAUAAUCCAUCCAGAACCUAUACUCCAAAUGGUACUGUUGGUAUUGGUGGUAAUUAUAUGUGUAUUUAUACUAUGGAAUCACCAGGUGGUUAUCAAUUAGUGGGUAGAACUGUUCCAAUUUGGGAUAAAUUAACCUUAGGAGAUCAUUCUGGUGAUAAACCAUGGUUAUUAAGACCAUUUGAUCAAGUUGAAUUCUAUCCAGUUAGUGAAGAAGAAGUUGAUGAAUUUUCAGAAGAAAUGAAUGCCGGUAAAUUUAAAGUUGAAAUCAGUGAAACUGUUUUUGAUCAUGGAAAAUACUUGGAAUGGAUUCAAGAACAUUCUGAUUCUAUCGAAGAAUUCCAAAAGAGUCAAGGAGGUGAAAAAAUGGCUGAAUUUAAUAGAUUAAUUCAAAUUUCUAAUAGUGAAUUAGAACAAUCUGGUUCUAAGAUUGAAGAAGAUGAAACUUUCAGUGAUGAUGCUGAAUUAGUUUAUUCUGAAUAUUCUGGUAGAUUCUGGAAAUCAUUAGUUUCAGUUGGUGAUGAAGUUGUAGCCAAUCAAGGGUUAAUUGUAGUUGAAGCCAUGAAAACUGAAAUGGUGGUUAAUGCUACAAAAGCUGGUAAAGUUAUUAAGAUUUACCACAAGAAUGGUGAUAUGGUUGAUGCUGGUGAUUUAGUUGUUGUUCUUGAAUAAUGAGACGAUAACUUUUAUAUAUAUUGUACAUUAGAUUUUUCUU